ACGGAAGUGGAAAGGGACCUUGGAGUCCUAGCGGACUCUAAGAUGAACAUGAGUCGGCAGUGUGACGAAGCCAUCAGAAAAGCCAAUGGCACUUUAUUGUGUAUCAGCAGAUGCAUGAUGAAUAGAUCCAAGGAGGUGAUACUUCCCCUCCAUUGGGCGCUGGUCAGACCACAAUUGGAGUAUUGCGUGCAAUUCUGGGUGCCGCACUUCAAGAGGGAUGCGGAUAACCUGGAGAGGGUCCAGAGAAGGCCCACUCAUAUGGUUAAGGGCUUGCAGACCAAGCCCUAUGAGGAGAGACUAGAGAACCUGGACCUUUUCAGCCUCCGCAAGAGAAGGUUGAGAGGCGACCUUGUGGCUGCCUAUAAGUUCAUGACGGGGGCACAGAAGGGAAUUGGUGAGGAUUUAUUCACCAAGGCGCCCCCGGGGGUUACAAGAAAUAAUGGCCACAAGCUAGCAGAGAGCAGAUUUAGAUUGGACAUUAGGAAGAACUUCUUCACAGUUAAAGUGGCCAAGGUCUGGAACGGGCUCCCAAGGGAGGUGGUGCUCUCCCCUACCCUGGGGGUCUUCAAGAGGAGGUUAGAUAGGCAUCUAGCUAGGGUCAUCUAGACGCAGCACUCUUUCGUGCCUAUGCAGGGGGUCGGACUUGAUGAUCUAUUGAGGUCCCUUCCGACCCUAACAUCUAUGAAUCUAUGAAUCUAUGUAGAGCCAGGAGACUUUAGUGGCAUUUACUGGCAGGGGGCUUCCACAGUAUUCAGAAAUGGGGGGUUCUGGCAGCAUGGGGAUUUGCCUGUGCUGUGAUGGCAGCUGGGAGAGAGCAUGGAGGUGGCAGGGAGACGGCAUGCCUGAUUUCGGUCUGGGGCCACAUGUGCAACUCUUUACAAAGCACAGCCACAGAGGAAGAUAUAGUAGUAGUAGAGAUGUCCAUCUUUUGCCCAAUAGACUAGUGGUGGGAAUACUUCCCCUAAAAGUGGAAGACUUGGGUUGUAGGCCCUCAUUCAAUGGGAAUUCAAAAUCUACAUCUUUCACUACCCCUAUGACAGCACAGGGAAGUGCUGUGAUUUAUUAUGUUGCUAUGAGUUAAGUAGCUCCCUCCUCCCUAGAGGCACAUUCUGUCUGGGUACCUCUGUGCACUCUGGAUACAGAAAUAAUAGUAGACUCUUCUUCUUCAGCAAUCCCUCGCAGUCAAGGAUGAUUGCCUUCCAUGAUUGUCUUAUCUGUGUGUGAAAAUGGCUGAUGAGGCCUAUUCUGGAUCAACAGGCUGUACUGCAGUUCAGAAGUGUUUCCAUGCAAGGAGAAAAUUAAUGCUGGUGCAUCUGCUUUCCCACUGGAUUUUGAGCAUCUUCCACAGGCAGCAUUGAUGGUAUUUCUCCAACAACUUUAGCUGUCUCCUGUACAGUGUCCAUGUCUCAGCUCCAUACAGCAAGGCAUCCAAAGGCUGCACUUGCACAUUUGAAGCAAUGUUGAAUUUCUUCAUUGAUGUCAGCCUUCCACAAGCAAUGGCUUUUGUAUGGGAAGUACAGGAAAUACUUAAAAUCCUCCAGAAGCUCACUGUGGAUCUGGAUUGCUGGAGCUGAUGUGCAGCCACAUUCCUGCAGUGGCCCAGGCCAGAAGCUGAGGGGUGCUAGAGCAUGCUUCCCUGCUUGGCUGAAGCAGAUGACUUGGACCAAGGCAAGCCCACCCUCCCUGCAAGGAGAAGUUUGCAGGGGAAGUGCAAAGCAUCAUGGGAUGCUGGGGGACUGAGUUAACUUGAAUCUGAAGGGGGUAUGGGACAAGUCCAAUAAACUGAUUUAACUUGAAUCAGUUUAGUCUGAUACUACAUCCAUCCAGGUUUAUCUUAAAUUAAUUUAAAUCAUUGUGACAGUGGUUUAUGUGCACUGAACUUCUGUUGCAUUACAGAUUUGAACCCAUUUCUGAUCACUUAUGUGGCCUUGUGUGUAAUUUCUGUCCCUAAUUUAGGAGUAACAUGCAGCCCCUGAGCUACCACCUGGCUGCCACUGCUCUUAUAACUGUGGCUGAAACAGAAGCUGACAUCUUGGGGUUCUUGCUUCCUCCUUCAGCUUUCACUACAUGUCCCCACUAGGGGACAGGAUGAGGUCUGUCAUAAAUAAGUCCCUGACGGGGUUAAAUGCUCCUGUCACAAUGGGCCGAGCGAGCAGUUUUACCCCCCCCACUGUCUUGGCCACCUAAUAUGGGCAUACCCUAUGUCAUCGAUCUGGCACCUCUGUGGAAAAUUCUAGUAUGUUUGAGUCUAGCAGGUAAAUGCUAGGUCUCGGUGGAAAAACACUGUAUUGCAGGGAAGAGUUCCCGCCCUGUUAUGCAGAUACGUGCAACAUCAUUGGCUGGAUGUAAAUUAUGCAAGAUAGAUGGUUAGCUAUUGGCUCGCCAGCCAUAUAAAGAGUUAAGCAGUUUCUGCCCAAGGCGGAGUGCCCUGACAACACCUAGGAGCUCUCUGAGCACGCUCAGGGAUCACCUCAGGGGCUCGCUGGUGGACUGGCCAUCCUCCAACAUCUCCCCGUCGCCGAAUUACCCGACGUACCCCAUUCCUGUUGCAUGCUCGACUCGUUGCGCUGCGUUACUAGUUACUUGUUACCGGUCAUCGGUCACCUGUUGCAGUUGACGUGUUACCUGCUGUUAUUGUAACUAACCAAGUGUGCCUCACCUGCGCCUGUAUCACCAAAGGCGUAAGUAAAAACUUCUUCUUUUGAAACCAAUACGCUGUCUCGGCCUCUCCAUCCACACACCUGCCCAACUGAUCCCGCUUUACUUAACAAAACCCCUGACUUCUGGCCCAGCUGGCCCAGCUCCCAGGACAUGGCGACAAGGAUGGGAUCCCAAGGCAAUGUGGUGGAGAAGAAUGUAAUUAAGUGCUGCCCCUGGCGCACCAGGGGGCGCCAAGUAAACCAUGCGGAAGAACUGGGCACACAUUGCAUACCAUUGGGCGGCUGGAGGAGAAGGAGAGCACCUCCUCACCGGUUAUUUGUCAGUCAGGGGAGAAGGGCUGAUUACCAAAGAAUGGAAAGUAAACAUGACCCCUGCAGCGUUCGGCUGCAUAAUGGCCGACAAUCGGAUCCAUUUUAGGCCCGUGGACACAAUAUCGUCCCUGUCUUUAGCAGAGGCCAAGGUAAAGAAGGAGGGAGGCUCGACCCCUGCCCAAGAUUUUGCCCAUUGCAUGAGAUAUCUGAGGGAAGGAGGAGAACCCACCCCACCGGACCAAUUUAAUUGUCUGGCCCUGGCACCCGGAUCGCGUGGCCACGAACUCCUGGGCCAGCUCCGGGAAGGCCUGGAAACUGAGGGUCGCCACACGGCGAGAUGGUCAGGGCCCAAGUGGAAUAAAGGCCAAAUGAUCAAUGUAUUAUUUCGUUCUGCGGUGGGCCUGUUACGAGAGAAUGCAAACCUAGAAGCACAGCUGCGCACAGUGGGCAUGGAGUCCCUGGAGCAGGCUGCGAGAGGCUCUGAGCAGCCGUUACAAAAUGGCUUCCAUGAAAAUAAAAAAAAGUUUGAAAAUGAGGGACAGUCUUAUGGGGGAGGGUCAAUGAUGUUACCACCUUCGGCCCUGCCCCCUGGAAAAGGGUGCGAAAAAAUGGGAACCGCCCAUGGGGAGUGGUUAGCUACAUCACCAUCCCUGGCUCCACCCCAUGAUGUAAUGCCAACAGUGGGACCGUCCACUGAGGUGACGUCACCAGAACACCCCCCUCCCUACGAGGGAGGAAAAUUGUAUCCCUCGCUCCCAGCUGAGGGAGAGCAACUGUAUCCAAUGACCCCGCUGAGAGAAGGAGAUUGUAUCCAACACUCCCAGCUGAGGGAGAAGAACUGUAUCCAGCACUUCCAGCUAAAGAAGAGAAGCUGCCUUUAGCCACAGCUCACCCAGUAGCUUUAAGAAAACACAUUACAGAUGCACAAGGUGAUACUAGCACUACUGUCACCUAUCGAACACGCAACCGACAAGAAAUGCAGGAGUUGUGCCGAGAAUCGAAAAUAAAGAGUGAAGAAACCCUAGCCAUGUGGAUGGGAUGGCUAGUGGUAGAAUACGGAUCUGAAGCACUGGAUAGAGACGAAGCAAGCACGUUAAGCAGACAAGCUGCCUGGAGUGGAGGGCAUGCUACUGAUUUAAAUAUCAUUAUGGAAAGCACUCUUUGGCCCAUUCCACUGCCAGCACUCAUAGUGGAGCAAGUAUCCCACAAGUCUCGUGUUUGGCAUGAAGGUCGUCCACCAAAUACAAGUGCAGAACAGCUCCUUCUAGCUAUCAUAGGAGUAUCUUAUUUGUCAUGGAAUCCCAGAGUAAAUAAAUUAGGGUUAAAGCCAGAAUGUUAUAAAUCAAAAUGGGCUCAUCAUUACCUAAGGGACCCUGGAGCAGUCCCAGCAACCCUAGAAGCUAUAGAAGCCUGCGUGGAAGUAUAUGGAAGGAUGGAUGCCAUCACACUUCGACUCUUCCUAAACACGAUGGCAGGACAACCAGCAAGAAACCUCUUGAGCCAUCUUCCGCGAUUGCAGGCACUGAUGAAUAAGGGUGAGAAGACUUUCCCUGAGACGAAAGAUUUACGUUCAUCGCAUCCAAUUGAGACAUUGAAGCCAAAGUAUCAAGAACCUAACUCACAACGAGGAUUAAGCCAAUGGCCAGUAAGAACACCUGAGGAGAGAGCUAUGUUUGGGUUUUUACUCAAUCAUACCAAACUUGUGAAACAACAACUGCAUAUCCUUGGGGAUAAAGGCCAACGUCAUCUACCCGAAGCAAUGGGAUUUGAGUUCGGGGACGAGCCAAAACAUGAGUAACGGCUGUCGGCUCUGCCAGCAGCCCCCCUCUAUCCAGACUUCAUAAUUGGUUAACCCGGCGUGCUUCGUUAACAAGUAUUAAAAAUAACUAAGUGCUGUUGUAAGUUUUGUCUUUCAGAGGCAUCCACCGAAACUCUGAGACACGCGAUGCUCGCUACUCAUGAGCCAGACUGACAGGGAGAGAGCGCCACCGCGAGCGUCAACGCAUGACGUCACCGCAAAUAUCAUGACACCGACUGAAGCACUUAUAGUUGAACUCUUCAUAAUUAAUCUGAUUUUAUAUAUAUUUGUGUUUCUUGUACAUACUUGUUUUGUUUUGUUUUAAAGCUUGUGCAAAACUUUACACCAUAAUGUUGUAAGUGGGAAGGACUGAAAGAGAACAGUAUUAGUGAUCUGAAGGUUUGGGGGAUGUCGCAAAAAAGGUCAAGUGUAGACAGAAGAUGUCGGAAUGUGAGGAAAGAGAUGAGGGAGAUGAUGACGGAAAGGGGCAAGUAGUAAAGGAACAAAAGGCAAGGUUCUAUAGGAACCUGUACAUUAAAAGGAAAAGAAAAGGGACGAUCUGGGAAGAGAGGUAAUAGUAGAAGAAAUAGAAGGGUGUUUGUUAGGAAUGAAGAAAAUCCCAAGGGUCGAAUAAGAUAGAGUACUUCGUCUUAAUUAAUUCAAUUGUUAACUUCUCUUAUUGCCUUGUUGAUACCUCUUUUAUAUUGGUAUCUCUGUUAUGUAUUGAAAUAUGUUGUUUUACGCAAUAUCUUAAGAAUGAACUAGUUUUGUUAUCCCAGUUUGUAUGUACCUGUUUACCUUUACCCCUUAGUGAUGACGAGUUCGGAGACGAAAUGGUUGUUGAAUUGAAUCAUGUAUCCAUUGUGCCAUGAGCAAGGGGGCAUGUCAUAAAUAAGUCCCUGAUGGGGUUAAAUGCUCCUGUCACAAUGGGCCGAGCGAGCAGUUUUACCCCCCCCCCACUGUCUUGGCCACCUAAUAUGGGCAUACCCUAUGUCGAUCUGGCACCUCUGUGGAAAAUUCUAGUAUGUUUGAGUCUAGCAGGUAAAUGCUAGGUCUCGGUGGAAAAACACUGUAUUGCAGGGAAGAGUUCCCGCCCUGUUAUGCAGAUACGUGCAACAUCAUUGGCUGGAUGUAAAUUAUGCAAGGUAGAUGGUUAGCUAUUGGCUCGCUAGCCAUAUAAAGGGUUAAGCAGUUUCUGCCCAAGGCGGAGUACCCUGACAACACCUAGGAGCUCUCUGAGCAUGCUCAGGGAUCACCUCAGGGACUCGCUGGUGGACUGGCCAUCCUCCAACAUCUCCCCGUCGCCGAAUUACCCGACGUACCCCGUUCCUGUUGCAUGCUCGACUCGUUGCACUGCGUUACUAGUUACUUGUUACCGGUCAUCGGUCACCUGUUGCAGUUGAUGUGUUACCUGCUGUUAUUGUAACUAACCAAGUGUGCCUCACCUGUGCCUGUAUCACCAAAGGCGUAAGUAAAAACUUCUUCUUUUGAAACCAA